GCUCAAAUAAAAAUAAUAAAAUUUAAAAAUAUUUUGAAAAUGUUUACCGGAGAAGGGAGUUGUUCUAUUUUCAUCAGCUGAUUGAUCGCUCAGCUGCAAGCAGAAAAGCAGACAUUUCAGUUCAUGAGAUAUUUAUCUGUGGUAUGUGGGAGUUUAUGUUGGUCUUGUCUAGUGGAUUAGUCUCAAUCCGAAAUGUUGUGAUAUCAAGAUGCAACUCAAUAGUAAUGAUGUGUUUUGUUAUUUGGUAGUGGUAUCAAAUAUUACAUUUAAUAGUUUACUUUUGACAUUUUUUGCAUUUUUAUUGGUCUUGUCCACAUGGGAAUGUGGUGGAGGUUAGGCCUAGUCCAAUUUUGAGAAACCAUUUUUGAGCAGUGGUUAGUAAUAAUAAAAUCUUUGUAAUACUCUUCUAUAAUAAUCUUUUUAAUUAUUAAGAAAUUCUGAUUUUUAUUUUUUAUAGCAAUGUUACCUGUGUAAUUGUGUACAUGGACACCUCUAAUCCAUGAAUGCAACUAAAAGUAUAAUUUAUUUUCUGAAUCAGGAUGCACUAGCCUGUGUUGUGUUCUUACUGUCAAUUUUCCAAAAAUAUGAAAAUUUUAAUAAGCACGAUGAUGUUUCAUCGAGGAACUCAUUCUAAAAAGAGAAGUGUUAGUAAUUCUCAGAGAAGACAUGUUCCAGCUAAUCAAGAUAAGGCGAGGCCAGUAGCAGGAUCUUCAGUUUAUCAAGAAGGAAGACAAUGGCAGACAGCUCGUCCCUCAUCUUCCAGUUCUUCAGGUCAUUCUUCAGGAUAUCUUCGAACACAUCCAGAAGACGAACACUCGGAACACUCUGACGGAGGAAGAUACAGCCCUCGCCACCCUCUGCUUCAGUCUUCCUCGUCUAACCAGAGCUCAAUAGAGGAAGAAGAUGAUUCUCAUGGUCGAGCCAUCACACGAAGACGGGGAGCCAUCAAACACCAGAAAGUCCAUGAAGUCAAAGGUCACCGUUUCGUUGCAAAGUUCUUCCGUCAACCAACGUUCUGUACCUUCUGUAAAGAAUUUCUUUGGGGCUUUGGAAAACAGGGAUAUCAGUGUCAAUUGUGCCAAACAGCUGUCCACAAGAAAUGUCAUGACAAGUUCCUGGCUAAAUGUCCGGGUUCUGGCAGGGAAUCUGCCAGCACUAUUUACCUGCGGGAAAGGUUUAAACUGGACGUUCCUCACAGAUUCCGACCUCACAACUUCAUGUCUCCCACUUUCUGUGACCAUUGCGGCUCUCUGCUGUAUGGUCUCUUCCGUCAGGGUCUCAAGUGUGAGGAUAAUGUUACCGAGAUGUAGUCCACUUUUCCUCCUCAUGGAAUCUUGACAGGAGUCAUGCCACGACCUGAAUAUUUUGUCACUCCGGAACCAAGUGCAACGGUUAUUUGUUUAGGUAUUUAGGUUUCAUAAACAAUGCAGGGAGGGCUUUUAAAAUUUUCAGGUUAUAACCAGUAUCUAAUAAAAUAUAUUAUGUUUCAUACUGAUUCCAGAUUGUUGCUGUAUAAAAGUUUGAGUUGAAAUAUACGAUUAAAUCAAAUCAAUCAGUGUUAUUCAAAUUAAUCUCAAAAACUAACAAUUCCCCUUCAGCUUAGGUAGAUUUCGUUGAUGAUAUUCAUAGAUAAAAUCUACCUUUGUGUAAUUUACGACGGAGGGAAUCUCUUGUAAAUUUCAUACAGCUUGAUCUAUUGCAAUCACACUUAUGAUGGAAUUUCCAGAAGAAUUUUUAAUUUUUGAAAAUUAUGUCCUCCAGAAUUACCAAUUGGUACCAAGAUUAGUACUCUUACAGUGGAAAGGUCAGUUAUAUAGUUUCAACCAAUUAAAAGUUUCAAGAUGGCCACUGUUUAUA